ACACCCCUUGUUCCGAAUGUCCAGACAGUACAUAAGUGUGCUGAAAUAAGCCUUGAAAUAUUCAUCUUCCCAUCAUCCUAAGGAAAGGAUCAACCAUGAAGCUUUACUUGGCAAUCAUUCUAGCUAUUUCUUUUCUGGAGAACUUCGAAGUCAAUAUUAUCAGAGGAACCUUAGGGAGUCAAACUCUGGCACGUAACUCCUGUGUAAGCCUGCAUACAGAAGAAAUAAACAUUAGAAGACUUGAAAGUUAUGAAAUACAUCACCAUCCCAAAAAAGUUGUAAUUUUAAUUACCAAAAGAGGAGUCAAAGUAUGUGUGCCACAUGACGCUUCCUGGGUGAAUGACCGCAUUAGAAAUUUGGACCAAAGAAACCGUAAAAAAAAAGACUUUAAAAACAUCCGUAGAUCUAAUAACCGGACCAACAGAACAACUGUAUAAUGUUUGCAAAUUACUUACAGGAAAUAAAAAAUCAAAACCAUUAAAAUUUCACUGGAAUAAAUUCACUGCUAUAACCAGAGCUUAUUGAUUUUUGACCUUUUGGUGCUGGCCUUGGACUUAAUUACUUCAGACUUGUAUGAUUUAUUUUUAUUAUGUAAACCAAAUCAGUCACUAUUUUCAGAACUUUUUCUAGAUUGGAUUCUUAAAAAGAUUUUGGUUCUUCCAGCAGAUUGAUUUAGCUGAAGCAUUAUUCUGUGUGGCUUUCAUGUUUCACUGCUAGAUAAUCUGAGAGAUUCCCACAAUUAGAAAGCAAUGGUAUUUGGCAGAAUGGGAAGAAGCCUAGGAAAUAAUGAGAAGUCACACUUAGAGAAUGAUGUUAGUCUUUCUUAAUGAAUGUGUCCAUUGCCAAACUUCUUUCUGAGAUAAUAUCUAUGCCAUAUAAUAUAAAUAGUCUAUCAGUAAAUCACUGUUUUUUUUCUUAGCAUUCCAAUUAUCAGAAUAAUUUUGAUAUUAUCAAGGUUGCAGAUAGAAAAAUGACUCAGGCAUUGGCUGCUGUUCAAAAGCUAAAUUGGAGAAAGCGGUAUUAACAAAACAUUUAAAAAUAAGUAUGUAUACAAAUAUGUGCAUUCCUUUUGCUAGGAACAUUUCAUAGAUGGACAAUACUACAUCUCUCUCUCUCCCACUCUCUCUCCCCCCUCUAUCUAUCUAUCUAUCUAUCUAUCUAUCUAUCUAUCUAUCUAUCUAUCUAUCUAUCUAUCUAUCUAUCUAUCUAUCUAUCUAUCUAGUUUUAACCAUGCUUUGUUGAAUAAGCCAUCUUACAAUAAGCUAGAUGCAAACAAAUUUAUCUUACUGUUUAUCACAAUGUAUGAUUCAGUCGUUAUCUGUGACUGUCAUUCUUUUCUGAUAUAUUUUUUCAGUCCCUCAAUGUUUAACGUUAACUUUCUUAUCAAUUGGCACUUAAGCUAGGAUUAUUAUUCCUUUGUGUAUUACAUUAAUGAUUUAAUGUUUAAUGUUAACUUACUUAUCCAUAGUCCAAUUUACUAUUAAAAUAAAUAUCACAGAAUUGAAUAGAUACAAUGUAUUGAAGAUAUUUAAAGAUAUUUAAAUCUUAGUUUAUUGAAUAACUAUUGUAGAUCAAUACAAAGUAUUCACAUGAAUGUAUUUUCAUUUAAUUCUUAAUUUUAGAACAUCUAAAGUUAAUGUACUUUUAUCUUGCUUUUAUUAUGCAUUUAAUAAAUGUACUUUUAUCAUGCUUUUAUUAUACCUUUAAAUAAAGCUAUUAUUUUAUAGGCAU